AUGGGAUUUCGGAAUCUAUCAGCUUUUAAUAAAGCUCUUUUAGCUAAGCAGGUUUGGCGCAUUAUUCAAAAUCUGGAUUCCCUGGUGGCCAGAAUUCUUAAAGCACGCUAUUUUAGACACUCAGACAUUUUAGCUGCUCCUUUGGGACGUAAACCUUCUUUCAUUUGGCGUUCUAUGGUUUGUAGUAGGGACAUCAUUACCAAAGCAUCUGUAUGGAAGAUCGGUAGAGGCAAUAAAAUUGAUAUAUUUCGAGAUGUUUGGCUCCCCUCUCGACGCAAAUGUUUCUCGUUUGUGCACCAUUCUUUCCCAUCAGUUUGCAAGGUUGAAGACCUUCUUUUGGAAGGUAACUGGAAUGAAAGUCUUGUCUCUUCUCUAUUCCCUCACUUUAUUGCUAAGGAAAUUCUCCAAAUUCCACUGCCAGGAUCUGAUAAAGAGGAUGAGCGAUAUUGGUGUUUUGAUGAAAAAGGAAAGUACUCGGUUCGAGAGGGAUACAAGGUUGAAAUGGGUUUUUACAACUCUCAAGUUAAUCAAUCCGAGGGUUUGGCACAUUGUGAUGAGCUGAAGCAAACCCCUGUUCAGAUCUUCUCGGACUCAUUGUUGGCGGUACAAGCAGUUACCGACACCAAUAAGUCUAGUGGCUACACUCGUUCAUGGGCUAAUGAUAUCCGCGUUGCAUUGUCUGAAGCAUCAGCAACAACAAGACAACUCUAUCAUAUGCGUCGAUCGGCAAAUAUCGUUGCUCAUGCCAUUGCGUCUUUUGCUUCUUUUUCAAGUUCCCCUUUAUUAUGGAAGGUGGAUGCUUUUCCUUCUUGUCUUAAGGAUCUUGUAUGUAAUGAUACUCUUUUGAGCACUUAA